AGGAAGGGCUGCAGCUUUACAGCAACAGAGUUUAGACUGUAUGCUUCAUCAUCUGAAGGUAAAAUUUUCCAGAUACGGCAGACGGCGUUCAGAGUACAAUAAACAGGGAAGGAGAACUAUUGGCAUGGAAAUUUCUUCCUCAUGAUGCAGUGGAGAAGCCUGGGCCACUCGAUUCUGCCAGAUAUCCCUGGGGUUACUGUACAGGGGGAGGACAAGCAGAGCUAAACAAGGUUCGUGAUUUAAAAGUGCCUGUGUGAAGUCACUUUUGCUGGAAACUGCAGUCUGGGAGUUCUUUUUACAUUCACAUCUCAUUUUUCUGUCAAGUACACUUUACCCUGACUUUAUAAGUGGAAGAAGAUACCUCAGCUGUCUGACUUUGCUAGUUGCUUAAUUUCAGAAUUUCAAAAGAACGAAGAAAGGAAAUAUCCUACUAAAAUAUGAACUUCUGAGAGGAUUCUUUUCCAGCAACAUCCAUAGUGGAGCAUCAAAACUGAAUAUUCUCCAAAGGAGUGCCAUGAUAUUUAAGUCACUUUAUUAAAAAGUUAUAUCUGCAAAACAGUCAAGAGACUGAGACACAGAAAGCCAGAGAUGACACUGAGCAUGCUUUUAUUGCAGCCCUCAGUCUUCAAGUGGGGCAUAUUGAUUGAUGAGUGACUGCCUGCCAAUAAAUUCUCUCAGCACUCUGUCUCCUGGAUUGGACUUCAUUAAGAAAUUUAUCACUUACCUUCAGACUUACAUGUGGGAGUUUUCACAACAGUAGUUUUGGAGUCAUUGGAACUAGGAUUGAUUUCAUCCUUUAACAGAAACUAAGAGUCCAAAGUACUUUCUCAUCAUGGCUUUGAACGUUGCCCCAGUCAGAGAUACAAAAUGGCUGACGUUAGAAGUCUGCAGACAGUUCCAGAGAGGAACGUGCUCACGCUCCGAUGAGGAAUGCAAAUUUGCUCACCCCCCAAAAAGUUGUCAGGUGGAAAAUGGAAGAGUAAUUGCCUGCUUUGAUUCCCUAAAGGGCCGUUGUUCAAGAGAGAACUGCAAGUAUCUUCAUCCUCCGACACACUUAAAAACUCAACUAGAAAUUAAUGGGAGGAACAAUUUGAUCCAGCAAAAAACUGCAGCAGCGAUGCUCGCCCAGCAAAUGCAAUUUAUGUUUCCAGGAACUCCACUUCAUCCAGUGCCCACUUUUCCUGUAGGUCCCGCCAUAGGGACAAAUACGGCUAUUAGCUUUGCUCCUUACUUAGCACCUGUAACCCCUGGAGUUGGGUUAGUCCCAACGGAAAUUCUGCCCACCACGCCCGUCAUUGUUCCCGGAAGUCCGCCGGUCACUGUCCCGGGCUCAACUGCAACUCAGAAACUUCUCAGGACUGACAAACUGGAGGUAUGCAGGGAAUUCCAGAGAGGAAACUGUGCCCGGGGAGAGACCGACUGCCGCUUUGCACACCCCGCAGACAGCACCAUGAUCGACACAAACGACAACACCGUAACCGUUUGUAUGGAUUACAUAAAGGGGCGUUGCAUGAGGGAGAAAUGCAAAUAUUUUCACCCUCCUGCACACUUGCAGGCCAAAAUCAAAGCUGCGCAGCACCAAGCCAACCAAGCUGCGGUGGCCGCCCAGGCAGCCGCGGCCGCGGCCACAGUCAUGACUCAGUCGACUGCCAAAGCAAUGAAGCGACCUCUCGAAGCAACUGUAGACCUGGCCUUUCCUCCUGGUGCUCUUCAUCCUUUACCAAAGAGACAAGCACUUGAAAAAAGCAACGGUGCCAGCCCGGUCUUCAACCCCAGCGUCUUGCACUACCAGCAGGCUCUGACCAGUGCACAGUUGCAGCAGCACACCGCGUUCAUCCCCACAGGGUCAGUUUUGUGCAUGACACCCGCUACCAGUAUUGAUAAUUCUGAAGUAAUCAGCAGAAACGGAAUGGAAUGCCAAGAAUCUGCAUUGAGAAUAACUAAACAUUGUUACUGUACAUACUAUCCUGUUUCCUCCUCAAUAGAAUUGCCACAAACUGCAUGCUAAAUAAAGAUUUAGUUCUUCUGGACAGACCACAAUUCUAAGAAGCUAGUGCUGCUAUAUCAUAUAUGAGUAUUAAAUAUGGUAUGCUUAGUAUAUUCCAACCUAAGAUAGUUAACUACCUGAGACCAGCUGUGAUGUUUAAAGACAUAAAGGAUAAAGUUUACUUUUAAAGGGGUUUCUAAACAUAGUUUCUGUCCUAGGAAUAUUGUCUUAUCUCCAUAACUAUAGCUGAUGCAGAAAAGUCCAGACAAUGUACUCAUUUCGACUCAAAUACUUCAAAUUUAGCAAUAAAUAAUUAGCAUUAGUUAAACCUAUUCCAAGGGCAGGUUUGAUUCUAACUCCAAUCACUGUCAUUUCAUUUACUCACUGGAUCUAAGGGUAUGUUUCACUUCUCAACGCAAUGAACGCUGCAGCAAAGAUGAGAAG